GUGAUGAUAUCACAGAUUUCAAAAUUAAACGUAAAGACUGGCAUAAACGUGCCGAGAAAUUGGCCAGGAAAUCCAGGCAACGACACAGGGACGAAGAGGCAACCAGCGAGGAAAUCAAACCCAGUGCUGCUCCUGAUAUGGUGCAGGUGAAGCAGGAAAUCACAGUCAGCGAAACGGUAUCAUCCACGAAUUCGAUGAGGCAUUACAGCAGUAGCCACAAAGUCAAAUCAGAAUUUAAGGAAGAACGAACACUGGAGAGAAUAGAAGAAGAAUCAUUGACGAAAAACAAAUUUUCUUCCUCAUUUCGAGGGGAAAUUCCGGAUGCAAAGACGGUUUAUGAAGCACGGAAGAGACGAGAGAAAAUGCGUCUUAUUGGAACAAAUGGACAAAUCCCGCUGGAUGACGUGCAACGAUUAAAAGCCAGGAUAGUUCUUGUACGUAUUAAGAUUUUUAAUGAAAAGAAUUCAGGGGAAAUUCCGGAUGCAAAGACGGUUUAUGAAGCACGAAAGAGACGAGAGAAAAUGCGUCUUAUUGGAACGAAUGGACAAAUCCCGCUGGAUGACGUGCAACGAUUAAAAGACAAAUCAAUUGCACGAUCGCGAUUGAUACGCGAGGAUGAUAAUGAUAUGAGCGAUGAGGAGACGGAAGGUGGCAGAUUUUAUUCGGCGAAAGGUCUGGCAGCAGAGGAGGAUGAACGCCGCCGCAUCGAGCAUUUCGACUUCCUUGCCCACGAAGAAGAAGGUAAAUAA